AUGGACCCGGCUUACAACAACUAUGGCAUAUCGGCUAUGUCCAUCAUCCGGCGCUUUAACUUGACAAAAGACAGGUGCACCAUCGCGGCCAUGCGGAGCUGCAUCGAGUGGGAACCCGAGUCCUUCCCACUGGCGGCGCUGCUCCUCGGCAAGCCGGUCGUUCCCCUCGGCCUUCUGCCGCCGUCAGCCGACGGAGCCCGCCGUGCCGCUGCCAAAGGAGCAGAGCAUGCCACCGUGCGCUGGCUGGACGCGCAGCCUCCCGACUCCGUUGUUUACGUCGCCCUAGGAAGCGAGGUGCCGCUGCGCGUGGAGCAGGUGCACGAGCUGGCCUUCGGGCUGGAGCUCGCCGGGACGCGCUUCCUCUGGGCCCUGAGAAAGCCUAGCGGUGCCGCUGUACUCGAUGAAGAUGGCGUGGACAUGCUUCCUCCUGGUUUCCAAGAGCGCACUCGCGGCCAGGGGCUGGUGACCACGGGAUGGGUUCCUCAGGUAAACAUACUGGGGCACACGGCCGUGGGCGGGUUCCUGACGCAUUGCGGCCGGAACUUGCUGAUCGAGAGCCUCAUGUUCGGGCACCCGCUUGUCAUGCUGCCCAUCUUCGGCGACCAAGGGCCAAACGCGCGGCAAAUGGAGGUGAAGAAGGUGGGGUUGCAGGUGGCGAGGAAUCAGGACGACGGGUCGUUCGACCGCCACGGCGUCGCGACAGCGGUCCGGGCCGUCAUGGUUGACGAAGAGGCCAGGAGGGGCUUCGUGGCAGGUGCAGCGAAGAUGCAGGAGGUAGUAGCUGAUACGGAACUUCAUGAUAGGUACAUCGACGAAUUUGUCGAGCACCUCAGAUCUUACUACGCCGCUUCAUGUGCAAACUGA